AUGACCGAAAUUCCGAAAACAUCCACUCUUUCGCAUGACGUCAUCGAGGAACAGGCCGCACGAACGGUUCAGAGGAUCUACCGCGGUCAUCGAACGCGACGAGAGCUGCGUGGUCUCGGUUUGGCUGCUUCGACACGAUGGGUUGAGGCCUUUCAAGAAGCCCAGUGGCAAACACUUCAUCGACCUCCUGAGCCUCGCAUAGCACCCGGGAAUGACGGCUUUAACCAAGCCCGUCGAAACUGGCAACGGGCGGUUAGUGUCGCUCUGCGCGCCGGCGGCGACGAUUGUUUUUCCAAAGUUUCAUCUUCUAUGGCAACUCGAUCAGAGCAUAAUGCAGAGAUUUCGUCGGGGGCUACUUCAAAGAUGAUGGAUCUUCAAUAUUUUCUCGAAAUGGUGGAUCUCAAACAUCGACACGGAAGCAAUCUGCGCUCGUACCACACCUAUUGGCGGAAUUCUUCGUCAAACCAAAACUUCUUCUAUUGGUUGGACUAUGGCGAUGGAAAAGACAUUGAACUUCCAAAAUGUUCACGAGAAAGACUUGAGAAAGAACAAGUGCGCUAUCUCACUCGCGAGGAACGAUUGAAUUACAUGGUGACGGUAGACGAGACUGGCCUCUUCCGGUGGGCCAAGAACAAUCAGCUGGUGUGGACAACUAUCGCACAUUUCAAAGAUAGCCUCGAAGGGAUUGUGGGAAUUGAGGAUGAUGUGCCACAAUUUAGAGGAAACUUCACAACUAUACAACCAGAUUCCACCUCGGGCUUAUCACCGUCACCAUCCAAAUCGACACCAGGCUCAUCUUUACCAUCAUCAUCGGUAUCGACGUCUACAAGGCAGAGCGUUGAUAGUAUAGUCAUAAACCAAGACCCGGAGCAUAUCGCCGAGGAUGAGUACAAAUAUACAAAGAUGAUGAGAAAGGUGAUGCACGCAAGCCCCGCAGCUGCAUUGAAGCGACUUUUGGGAAAGUCCAAAGAUAAAGAAGAUAUGUGGUUAUUCGUUGCAGAUACUUCUUUCCGGUUAUACAUUGGCAUAAAGGAAUCAGGUGCUUUUCAGCAUUCAUCCUUUCUUCGAGGUGCCCGUAUCGCAGCAGCUGGAAUGAUUAAGAUUAAACACGGCCAACUUCGAAGCCUGGCACCGCUAAGUGGCCAUUAUCGCCCCCCAGCCGCCAAUUUUAGGGCAUUUCACCACGCCCUGCAGCAACAAGGUGUUGACAUGUCCCAUGUUUCUAUGAGCAAGUCUUAUAUCAUGCUUGCUGGAAUUGAGGGUUACACCAAAACGAAACGGAAGGCACACGCUGUACAUGAGAAGGUUGACAAUUCCACGCAAAAGCUCCAUCAAUCCGAAGAGUAA